AUGUCACACUCCCACUCCCACGAAGAUGCGGGUCACACCCACUCCCACGACGGCGGCUUCAACGCCCAAGAGCACGGCCACUCUCACGAAAUCCUCGACGGACCAGGCAGCUAUCUAGGCCGAGAGAUGCCCAUCAUCGAGGGACGAGACUGGACUGACCGAGCCUUUACCAUUGGAAUAGGAGGACCCGUCGGAUCCGGAAAGACAGCGCUGAUGCUGUCCCUCUGCCUCGCCCUACGUGAGAGAUUCUCCCUCGCCGCCGUGACCAACGACAUCUUCACCCGUGAGGACGCCGAGUUCCUGACGCGCCACUCCGCCCUACCCCCCCAGCGGAUCCGGGCCAUCGAGACGGGCGGCUGCCCCCACGCCGCCGUGCGGGAGGACAUAUCCGCCAACCUCGCCGCCCUCGAGGACCUCCACCGCGACUUCUCCACCGACCUACUCCUCAUCGAGUCCGGGGGGGACAACCUCGCCGCCAACUACAGCCGGGAGCUGGCCGACUUCAUCAUCUACGUCAUCGACGUCAGCGGCGGGGACAAGAUCCCCCGCAAGGGAGGGCCCGGCAUCACCCAGAGCGACCUCCUCGUCGUCAACAAGACCGACCUGGCCGACAUCGUCGGUGCCGACCUGUCCGUCAUGGAGAGGGACGCUCGGAAGAUGAGGGAGGGCGGUCCCACCGUCUUCGCCCAGGUCAAGAAGGGCGUCGGCGUCGAUCACAUCGUCAACCUCAUCGUCAGUGCGUGGAAGGCUAGCGGCGCUGAGGAGGAGCGCAAGGCGAGGGGUGGUCCCCGUCCUACUGAUGGCCUCGAGGGCCUCGUCGCCAAAUAG